GGCUAUAAAUCAUCCUUUGGACUGCGGCCGAGGGGUUCCUGCAUAUCGAUUCUCUCAAUUCUCAUCGCCACCAGAAAAAAAGUGGGAAUGCAUUUCAGCGGGAGCGGAGGAUGCUAACCUAGUCAGGUUUGCUGCUACAGUGCGCCGGGUGGGUAGUUCUGGUUCGGGGCUUAGGGCCUUGUUUGUUGUACUCUUUAGACGUAUAUAUUUAUAUAUAUAUAUAUAUAUAUCUAGUGAGAGAGAGAGUCUGUCAUUUUACUGUACAGAUCGUAGGUUUUGGAGUUUCGUGUCGGGAGAGGGAAUUGCAGGUGGGUUUUGGAGGGGUUUUUGCUUUGAGAUCUCCUUUUUUGGCUUAAAGGGUGGGGAGAGGGGACUGGGUGAGAGGUAGCAGCCGGAGAAGGGUGAAGAAAGUCUAAGUAGAGCUUAAAGUUUGCGUAGUAAAGAUCAAGAUAUUUGGUCUCUUCAGAAGAAUCAGCGCACGCAUCCUUAGGGAGUUAUAAUGGAGAUCGAGUGGAGCUCUUCAUGGGACAUGGACGACGAGUAUGAGAAAUUAAUUCGAAGGAUGAAUCCACCUAGGGUUGUAAUUGAUAAUGGAGCCUGCAAUAAUGCAACGGUUAUACGGGUGGACAGUGCAAACAAACAUGGAAUACUUUUGGAGGUCGUACAGGUUCUUACGGAUUUGAACCUUAUCAUCACUAAAGCUUAUAUCUCCUCUGAUGGAGGGUGGUUCAUGGACGUUUUUAAUGUUACAGAUCGGGAAGGAAACAAGCUUAAAGAUGAAGGGAUUCUGGAUUAUAUUCGUAAGGUUACCCCAAUUUCUUCUAAUACUUUAAUUGUCUUUUCCUUUCCUUUCCUUUCCUUGGAACAUACCCAUCUCACGUUUGAAGUUCCUCUACAGUCUCUUGGAGCAGAUUCCUAUUUUGUUCCCACAUUGAGAAGAUCUGUAGGGGUGGAAGCAUCGACAGACUACACAUCCAUUGAACUUACUGGCACUGAUAGACCGGGGCUACUCUCUGAGGUCUGUGCUGUCCUCACUGACCUGAAAUGCAGUGUGGUUAAUGGUGAGGUAUGGACUCACAACACCCGAGCUGCAGCCGUGAUGCACGUAACUGAUGAGGAGACUGGUUCUGCAAUCACCGAUCCACAGAGGUUGUCUAAGAUUAAACAACGUCUUUGCAAUGUACUCAAGGGUAACAACAAGGCCAGGGGAGCUAAGACUGUUGUUUCUCUUGGGAGCACUCACACUGAGAGAAGGCUUCACCAGAUGAUGUUUGCUGAUAGGGACUAUGAACGAUCACUUGAUGAUGCUACACCAGAUGAGACACUUAGACCUAAUGUGAUGGUUGUUAAUUUGUAUGACAAGGACUAUUCGGUGGUCACAAUUCGAAGUAAGGAUAGGCCUAAGCUUCUGUUUGACACCGUUUGCACUUUGACAGACAUGCAAUAUGUGGUUUUCCAUGCAAAUAUUGAUGCAGAAGGACCUGAAGCAAUUCAGGAGUACUAUAUCCGGCAUAUAGAUGGGUCUCCCGUCAAUUCAGAAGCUGAGCGGCAAAGAGUGAUCCAAUGUCUUGAAGCAGCUAUAGAGAGAAGAGUAUCAGAGGGGUUGAAGCUAGAAUUGUGCACAACCGACAGAGUUGGAUUGCUAUCUGAUGUCACUCGCAUCUUCCGUGAGAACAGCCUAUCGGUCACAAGGGCAGAGGUGACGACGAGAGCAGGCAAAGCCCUCAACACCUUUUAUGUUCGUGAUGCAGCUGGAAAUCCUGUCGAUGCCAAGACAAUUGAAUCUAUACGUGAGGCAAUUGGUCAAGCAAUUCUUCGAGUGAAAGGAAACUCUGAGAAUUUGAAAUCACCACCUCAGGAGUCCCCAACCAGGUUCCUCUUUGGUGGUCUCUUCAAGUCCAGGUCUUUUAGUAAUUUUGGUCUGGUUAGGUCAUACUCUUGAGACUUGAGGUGGUGAUUUCAACUUUCAAGUUCCCAGAAUUGGUACUAGCGAGUUGCUUAGCUGCAACCAUAUAAAUACUAUCAAACCCAUUCCACUGCAAGUUCCAUGUGAAAUUCCACGCUAUUAGGUUCCAUCAUGUAACCAAACGUAGAAGCGUGCACCAGUAAUUUUACCUAUUUCCCCUGUUCUCACAUGUUCCCCAUACUCUUUGGAGGAAGAUGGUGAAAGAAAAGGCUGGAGAUAGAAGGUAGAAGAGAUCACCAGUUGCAAAUUUGAAUGAUCUUAGAUGAAUACUGGAUUGGGUCAGCACUGUAGAUGUGAAUGAGGUAAAAAAACAAUUAACCAGCUUUCAAGUGCGAACUCUGUACAUAAAGUAUAUCUUUCCUUUCUUUUGACAGAUGCUUAUUUAUACCCUGAAAUUAACAGUACAGCAUCAGUUUGAAUUGCAA